AUGGCCAGAUACGAGAUACCAAACUUGGAAUCCGGCUACUACUUGGCCUCUGGUUCUGUCAACGGUUUUGUCUGCUUCAAAGGUGAUGUUUCUAGUAACCGAGAUUCUUGUCCGAUCAGCGUUUAUAAUCCCACCACUAGACAAAUGGUGAAAUUGCCAGACGUUACACCCAACGGAAGACGCAUAUACGUACGUCUUGGCUACGAUCCAGUCGAAGAUCAAUACAAGGUGUUGUGUGUGAUGUCGUUCAGCUCUAAAAAAGCCAAAUAUAACCAACUAGAGGAGCAUUUAGUUUGCACUGUGAGUUCAUCUCAGAAACAAGAGUGGAGAAAGAUCGAGAACACGACCGGAGAAAACUAUUACUAUUCAUGUGUCUACGGAGGGAUAUGCAUUGAUGGUGCUCUAUACUACGGAGUUGGAAAGCCAAGAAUAGCUAAGUUCAACGUUAGAUCAGAGAAGAUUGAGUUUAUUAAAACACCCAAAGAGUCUCUUAUCUCGACAACACUUGACUCCAGUUUUAUAAAUUACAAUGGAAAAUUGGGCGGUGUAGAUUAUUGUUCUUGGGAAGAACAUCCGAUGACAUUGUGGGUUCUUGAGGAUGCGGAGAAACAAGAAUGGUCGAGGAUGACGUAUACCAUACCUUCAACUUGGCGUAGGAGUUUCCUAAAAUUCAAAGGAGUUAUUCAUACGGGCGAGCUUAUGGUGUUCUAUCCAUGGUUGAAGUUAUCUCAGCCAUUUUCUGUUGGCUAUUAUGAUUUUAACAAAAAAAAGUAUAAGAAAAGUAGAGAUCCGAGGAUUGAUGAAUGA